AUAUAGUCGUCCACGUUCAUACUAUUCCAGUAAAAGUGUGCUCGAAGAUACACGAUCAAGACAUAAAAGUAAUUUCUCCCCUUAUAACAAAACAUCUUCACCCAGACAUCUUCCAGUCAUCAGCACAACCUCUUCCAAUUCACCACCACCUUCAUCGACAAUAACUGACAUAAAACAUAGUCUCGAUAAUGGUUGUAAAUCAGCCGCCAAUACUUUAACAAAAUUCAUACAAGCGAUUGGAUCAUUACUUAUAGAAGCUACUAAAAAUUUCAAUAUUUUGCUGACGGGUGCCACUUCUUUUGAUGCAAAGAAAAUUGGAUAUUCUCAGAGUGGGUUUUAUAUGUUACGUGAGUUUCAUCAAGAAGUCGAAGAAUAUCUUAAAAAAGAGUUUCCUACCUCUCAAGUUGAAAGUAAUGGCAAUGAUAAGAAGUGGUCCGUUUGCAUCAGUAAUUUUAUUGAUGCGAAACAAGUUCGUAGGCAUCUCAGCUUGAAAGAAACGAAUGAUUAG